UGAGAGAAUAGUAUAUAGUAUAUACUGUACAUGUAGUAUAGAUGACGAUUUAUGCAGCCCGACGAACUAUAAUAUAUAUAUGUAGUAUGCAAACCAUCUUCACAAUUGUUAUGAGAUCCCAGAAUCACCACAUUCAAGCAAAAUUGUCAUUUAAGAAGAUCAACUAUGGACAAUUCUGAACCUAGACGUACCGCUGUUAAACGGAAACAUUCAGUUAUUAGCACAAAUGAUAUAGUGCAGAAGAGGUUGCACAAAGAUUUACAGAAUUCAUCUGAUGAAUUCGAUGAAACUAAUCAAUACAGAAUUGUUCCUCAUUCUUUAAUUAGUCUUAUGUACCGAAUAGACUUGUCUAUUCUUUGUUCACUUAGAAAGUGUAUAUAUAGACAUAAGUAUCCCUCCUUGUCAUUAUCUUUUGGAGAUACUGAAAUUAAUAAAUUUAAUGAUAUUGUCCUCUGCUAUAAAAAUAAAUCUAUUCAUGUACAUAUUGAAAAUGUCGAGAAAUAUUAUGUAAAUAACAAUAUCACUUAUGCUACAUUAUUUACUAAAGAAAAGGAAAGACGAAGUUUCUUUAUUAAUGAUUACUUUGAGGAUUUUAUUAAAUAUUUAACUUUAAAAUUAGAUAGUUCAUUACACAAUUUGGAAAAUCUUGUUAUCUAUACCAAUUCAGGAUUGGAUCUUACAGAAGAAAAGAAAUUAAAACCUGGACGAUCCAGAAACUUUUUUCCUUUUAAAUUCGAUAACGUGAGUGUGGAGAAGUGUGAAAUUUUGAAAGACUUUCUGUUUACAAAUAAUAAGAUGAGAGAACAUGAUUUUUAUCAGUUUUCACAAGAUAAAACAACAAGAGAAGAAUUUUUAAGGCGACUACAAUUUCCGUCUGCUAUGGAGAGAGUAAUAAAAGAAAGGAAAUUUUUUCAAAGUUCUGAGAGAGAAAUAAAAGAAACAUUUUUAGAUAAAUUAGUACUUGCAGUCAAUCAGCCAAGUAGAGAAGAGUUAAACAGUAUUAUUAAAAGUGAAAUAGAUGAAAACAUUGAAGUUCAAGAUGAUUAUAUAUCAUUACAGCAAAGAAUAUUAAGUAACUUAACAGCUCCAGAAAAGCACAAGAAACUUAGAAACUAUGUAUCAAAAAUUAUGUAUGAAUUUACUUUAUUAAUGUCAUUUUUGCAUGAUAUGUUUUUACAUAAGAAUUUGUCAUUUAUAAAUUUUGAAACAAAGAGUUAUGAUACAUCUAGUAACAUUAUUGUGAAUUAUAAACAUAGAAUUAUUUAUAUAAGUGUUUAUAAUGCAGUUGGUGAUGUUGAUUUUGGUAAAUUAUUUCCCACAAGAGAACGAGAAAAAGAGAAUAUGUUUUCUGUUAAUAAGCAUUUUGGUCUUUUUAUUGAAGGGUUAAAAAAUGAUUUGAGAUAUUUUGUUAUCUAUACUAAUGCAGGUCUAAAUCUUACAGAGGAAGGGAGAUUUAAAAAAGGAAAAUCUAAAUAUUUUUAUCCUUUAAAAUUCAAUGGUAUAAAUAUUCAAAAAAAAAGAUAUAAAGUUUUAAGAGAUUGUUCAUGCAUAAAUGAAAAUUGUUUGUAUCAAUUCGAACAGGAACAAAUGACUAUGGAGAAAGUUUUAGGUCUACUAAAACCACCAUCUUCUUUGCAAAAAGAAGAAGAAGAAGAAAGACUUUCUGAUGUAAAUAUAGAAGAAAUAAAAGAGAAAUUUUUGAAUAGACUAAUAUUUGCAGUUAACCAAUUUGGUAAGGAAGAAUUGGAUAGUGCUAUUAGAAAUGAGAUAAGCAAGUCUAAUGUUCCAUAUAAUUACGAAGAGUUAUGUGAAGUAGCAUUACGUUGGUCUGAGUCUCAGAAAUUUGGCUAUAUUACAAAGAGAAUAAUGGUAAAGCUUUUGAAUGAUAUUAGAAACAAUUGUUCUAGUUAUCAAACAAUUCAAAAUGUAGACAUUAAUGAAGAAAUUAACUUUGCUAAAAGUGUGGUUGGUAGGAAAGGGACACCGUCAUUUCAUCAGUUUUUAGGUUUUUUAAUUAAAGGAGAAGGAAAAAUAUAUUUAGAAGUUCUGAAAAGGAAUAAAAUACAUCUAGCGAACAUGUCUAGUAUUUUAAAUAGAUCAGGAAAUAAUGCUGUAAAAGCUUUUGAAGGAUUAUAUAAUCUUUGGUUUGAUGAGAAAAAAAAUAAAACACAAUAUUUACAGACUUUAGACAAAGAAGGAAUAAAUCUAGCUAGUAUGUCUAGCAUAUUGAAUGGUGCAGGAAAUAAUGCUGUAAAAGCUUUUAAAAGAUUAUACGAUCUUUGGUUUGAUGAAAAAGGAAAUAAAACACAAUACUUAAAAACUCUAGAAAAAGGAGGAAUAAAUCUGACUGGUAUGUCCAGUAUUUUAAAUGGAACAGGAAGUAAUGCUUCUAUAGCUUAUAGAGAUUUGUAUGAUCUUUGGUUUGAUGAUAAAGGAAAUAAAACGGAGUAUUUAAAAAGUCUAGAAAACGAAGGAAUAAAUCUUGCUAGUAUGUCCAGUAUUUUAAAUGGAACAGGAAUUAAUGCUUCUACAGCUUUUAAACAUUUAUAUGACCUUUGGUUUGAUGAAAAAGGAAAUAAAACACAAUAUUUAAAAACUUUAGAAAAAGAAGGAAUAAAUCUUGCUAAUGUGUCUAGUAUUUUAAGCGGGGCAGGAGUCAAAGCUCCUAAAGCAUUUAAAGACUUAUAUGAUUUAUGGUUUGAUGCAGAAGGAAAUAAAACACAGUGUUUAAAAACUCUUGAAGAAGAAGGGGUAAAUCUAGCUAACAUGUCAAGUAUUUUAAGUAGAGCAGCAGCUAAUGCUGCAACUGCUUUUAAAGGAUUAUACGAUCUGUGGUUUGAUUCAGAAGGAAAUAAAACACAAUAUUUAAAAAUUCUAGAAAAAGAAGGAAUGAAUAUAGUUAAUAUAUCUAGUAUCUUGCAUGGUGCAGCAGCUAAUGCUGUAAAAGCUUUUGAAGAAUUAUAUAAUACUUUUUUUGAUGAACAAGGGAAUAAAAAACUGCAUUUAAUGCACUUCAUUGGAGAAAAAGAUGAAAAACAGAGUUUUAUGCUGAAUAACUUGUCCAGUAUAUUAAAUGGAGCAGGAGCUAAUCCUCGAGAUGCUUUUGAAAAAUUACAUAGUGUUUGUUUUAAUAGUGAUGGCACAAAAACAAAAUUUUUAGAUGAUUUCUAUAAGGCUGAUUUUAAGGCAAGCCAUCUAUCUUGUAUGUUAUGUGGGGCAGGAGUUCAUGCUUCUUCUAUUUUAGAAAAAUUACAUAAUAUUUUUUUUACUGAUAACGGAGAAAAAACAAAACUUUUAGAUGAUUUAUAUAAAGUAGGUUUUACACCAGGUGAUUUAUGCAAUAUGUUGAGUGGAGCCGUAGAUAGUUUAGAAAAAUUUCACCGGUUUUGUUUUGUAGAAGAGACAAAAAAGUAUUUAAAUCGCUUCUUAAAUGAUAAAAAUGGUUUCACACUAAGUGGUUUAAGUAGUAUACUGCAUGGAGCAAGAACUAACAUUUGUUCUGCUUUAAAAGAUUUUUAUAGUGUUUGUUUUGAUGAAAUAGGAAAUAAAACACAGAUUUUAGAUGAUUUCUAUAUUGCAGGUUUUACACCUAAUGAUUUAUCCCAUAUAUUAUCUAUGGCAGGAAAUAAUGCUGCUUUUGUUUUGAGAAAUUUCCAUAAAUCUUGUUUUCAUAAAAAAAAUUACUUAAAUCACUUUUUAGCACAGAAGAAGCUUUUUACACCAAAAGAUUUAUCUAAAAUAUUACAUGGAAUAGGAAUUAAUAUAUCUCCUGCUUUUAAAAAAUUGCACAAUCUUUGUUUUGAUAAAACAGGGAACAAAACAAAGUAUUUAAAAAAUCUUAUAAAAAAUUACCACCACAAGAUGUUCGAUAUAUUAUAUCAAAAAGUUAGAAAAGGUCCUACUUGAUUAGAUGAUGCAUCGUUUCAAUAACAAUAUUGAUGCUACAGAAAAUAAAAAAAUAAAAAUUUAAAUUUUCAUUUGGGAGAUAAGUUUUAUAUGACCUAAUGUAGAAAACUGUACAGUUCC